ACACAUCUGGGAAGCUAGCUACGCAGUAGACGGAUAGCUAGCACAAUGAAUUUGCUCUAUGCCAGGAAAGUAUGUUGAAAUAGCUAUAUCAGAGGGUAUGAAUGUGAUCAAUCGCAAUUAUCAUAGAUUGAUAUUGGUCAAUUCAUUAAUGUGUGAAGUCUAAGACAAGUGUAGCAAGCUACUUGCCGUACAUUUUUGCUUGCUACGCUAACAGUUAGCUAGUGUUAGUUAGCUACGCCUAUGAUGACACAUUUCAACAAGAAUACAAGAAAGAAAGCCUAGACUCUGCAUGGCGAGCGAGUGGCAGCAGCAGAAGUGACUGUCCCUAGAGCAGCCAGAGAGGCCAGUGGUAGAGCAGUGGUGGUGGUGGUGGUGUGGCGGCCCCGUACGGUAGGAGAACCACCAUGGCCUCUCGUCAUCAAAGGAACUCUGUGCGGAUCCUGUCCAGCCGGGAGCGCGGCUCACAGGCCUUUGGCUCCAAGCGCCUCCUGCAGCAGCUGGUGGAGGAGAAGGUCCGCUGGAUGAAAUGGCAGAGUCAGAAAGUGGAGCUGCCAGACAGCCCUCGCUCGACGUUCCUGUUGGCCUUCAGCCCAGACCGGACCCUCAUGGCUUCCACUCAUGUCAAUCACAACAUCUACAUCACGGAGGUGAAGACUGGAAAGUGCUUGCAUUCGCUGGUGGGCCACCGCCGCACGCCCUGGUGCGUGACCUUUCACCCUACCAUCCCUGGCCUUGUGGCCUCCGGAUGCCUUGACGGAGAGGUCCGCAUCUGGGAUCUGCAUGGUGGCAGUGAGAGCUGGUUCACGGAGAGCAACGUGGCCAUUGCCUCGCUAGCCUUCCACCCCACUGCCCAGCUCCUCCUCAUCGCAACCAAUAACGAGCUCCACUUCUGGGACUGGAGCCGGCCCGAGCCCUUCGCCGUGGUCAAAACCGGCAGCGAGACUGAAAGAGUCAGGUUGGUGAGGUUUGAUCCUUUGGGGCACAAUCUUCUGACUGCUACUGUGAACCCCUCCAACCAGCAGAAUGAUGAUGACUCUGAGGUCCCCAUGGACAGCGUGGAGAUGCCACACUUCCGCCAGCGCUCCUUCCUGCCAUCCCAGCCCGUACGCCGCACGCCCAUCCUCCACAACUUCCUGCACAUCCUGUCGUCGCGCUCGUCGGGGGCGGAUGCGUCACGCCCUGGCGGGGAGGUCAGCGGCGUGCCCCCCAGCAUGCCUUUGGGGCAGUACCCAGCCUCACAGGACCGCGGACUGCCCUUCCCAGGCUGCACCCAGCACCUGGGCAUGGUGUGCCUCUGCAGCCGCUGCACGGCCAACCGCAGCCCCUCUCUGGGCGAGGGGACCUCCUCCAGGCCUGUGGUCCUCCCUGAGCACCCUCAGCCGGCCCCCCACGCCUCCACCUUUUCCUCGGCCCAUACGGAGCCCCGGCAGCCUUCAGAGCCCAGUGGGGCCCAACAGCGGCCCUCUGCCUUCACUACGGUUUACUACAGCGCUGGCAGCUCCCUGCACCGCGCCGUGCCUACCGCCCACAUGGCCAGCCCGCCCCUGAGCCAGCAGCCUCCGCCGCCGCCACCCACCAGCCACCAACCCCCCUCCCGCCCACUGCCCGGACCCGACUGGACACGCAGCCUGCUGAAUAUGAGAGGCUCAGAGAGCAGGGCUGGAGGGAGUGAAGGUGGGGUGAGCGGGGGAGGUGGUGUCGAGGGCGGGAUGCUGCCCCCCCGAACCAGCUCGUCCUCCGUCAGCCUGCUGUCAGUGCUCCGGCAGCAGGACGGCUCCUCCCAGUCCCCUGUCUACACCUUCCCCCCGCAGCCGAGCUCCGAACCUGGCUCUGGCCCCGUGGCCAAUCAGCGAGGAGGUGGAGGAGGAGCGGGCACCAGCAGCGGGCACCACCCUUUCUGGGACGGCACGCGCAGCAACCCGACCUCGUUCCGCAACGUGCUCCAGUGCAACCUGAGCCGCUACUUCAUGGAGUUCGACCGCAUGCAGGACCUGGAGUCGCCGCUGGGGGGCGUCGGUGGAGGAGAGGGCAGCCAGGAGCAGACGCAGGAGCUGCUCAACAACAACAUGGACCCGGAGAGACCCGGGCCAUCCUCCUCCCACUAUCAGCCCCAGCCGCCCCCACCAACCACAGCCGAGAACAACCCCCCUCCCUCAAAUGCGGCCCACUCCUCCCGGGGCCACCUGAACCGCUGCCGGGCCUGCCACAACCUGCUCACCUUCAACCACGACUCCCAACGCUGGGAGCGCACCAGCCCAGCCUCCUCCACCUCCGCUGUCGCCACCCAGGAGGGCUCCAGCUCUCCCUGGCAGCAGCCCCCCAGCCCUGCCUAUGAAGAAACCCAUGUGUCACCACGGAGGCGGGAGCCCCAACCCCAGCCACCAGAGCGGGAGAGGAGGAUAACCCAGCCCCCGGAGCCCAGCGAGCGGCAGCCCUCCCCAGGCCCUCAUGGUGCGGCCAUGCCCUUCCCCACCAUCGCGUCGUCCACUGCCCAGCCCGGGGAGCAGACGGUGGGCCUGGUGUACAACCAGGAGACGGGCCAGUGGGAGCGCGUCUACCGCCAGGCCGCCUCCAGCCACUCCGCUGUUGCCGACGCACCGCCAGAGGCCUUAAGCCAAGAAAUGCCUGUGGAUAACCCGGACGAGGACUCUCUGAGGAGAAGGCUGUUGGAGUCCUCCCUCCUCUCUCUCUCCCGCUACGACAUGGGAGGAUCCAGAGACCACCCCAUCUACCCAGACCCUGCCAGGUUGUCACCGGCUGCGUACUAUGCCCAGAGAAUGAUCCAGUACCUGUCGAGGCGGGACAGUAUCCGCCAGCGCUCGCUGCGCUACCAGCAGAACCGACUGAGGACCCUCUCCUCCUCGUCGGACAGCCCUGCCGGCAACCCCUCGGCCGCUAUGGAGAACAGCGACGUGGACUUUGAGGAGCUAGAUGACAACGGAGACCGGACGAGGCACAGAACACCACGCAACGCCAGGAUGUCUGCACCUUCGCUGGGGCGCUUCGUUCCUCGGCGGUUUCUUUUGCCUGAGUACCUGCCCUACGCUGGGAUCUUCCACGAGAGGGGACAGCCUGGCCUGGCCACCCACUCCUCUGUCAAUAGGGUCCUAGCAGGUGCCUCCAUCGGGGACGGCCAGUCGGCAGUGGCCAGCAACAUAGCCAACACCACUUACCGGCUGCAGUGGUGGGACUUCACCAAGUUCGACCUACCGGAGAUCAGCAACGCCUCUGUGAAUGUGCUGGUGCCAAACUGUAAGAUCUACAACGACGCCAGCUGUGACAUCUCGGCGGACGGGCAGCUCCUGGCAGUGUUCAUACCCAGCAGCCAGCGGGGCUUCCCUGACGAGGGCAUCCUGGCUGUGUACUCCCUGGCCCCUCACAACCUGGGGGAGGUGCUCUACACCAAAAGAUUUGGUCCCAAUGCCAUCUCGGUGAGCCUGUCUCCCAUGGGCUGCUACGUGAUGGUGGGCCUGGCCUCCCGCAGGAUCCUGCUGCAUCCCUCCACCGACCACAUGGUGGCGCAAGUGUUCCGGCUGCAGCAGCCCCAUGGUGGAGAGACCUCCAUCAGGAUGGUGUUCAACGUGGUCUACCCCAUGGCUCCAGACCAGCGGCGGCAUGUCAGCAUCAAUUCAGCCAGAUGGCUUCCAGACCCGGGGAUGGGCCUGGCCUACGGGACCAACAAAGGAGACCUGGUCAUCUGCAGGCCCGUGUUCUACCGUAGUGACGGAGAGAGCCCGGCCGACGCAAGCGCAGAGCCCAUAUUCACAGUCAACAACAGUGGUGGUGGAACCAGCAGGACCCGCAGUACAGAUCGACCAGGGGCCCCCAGUCGCUCCAGCUGGAGACUUGACAGAGACAUGGGUCUGAUGAACGCAAUUGGCCUCCAGCCCCGACACCCCGCCCCCUCUGUGACCUCACAGGGCACUCAGACGCCCAUCGUCCAGCUGCAGAACGCAGAGACGCAGACAGAGCGGGACCUCCCCAGGCCCAGCACCUCCCACGCUGCUGCUUAUGUAGAAGUCCAAGAGCUCCCGUCCACGAGCCGCGAGACCAAGGGGAGCCUAGAGCAGCCACAAACCAGCCAGAUCGAGGACAGUGCCCUGGGAGAUGCCUCAACAGAAGCCGGCACCUCCACAGCCAACACCGGCGAGGCCCCAGAGUAUGCCCCAGGAGAGGACGCCCUGGCGCGGAUCCGCCGGCUCAUCGCAGAGGGCGGCAUGACGGCAGUGGUCCAGCGGGAGCAGAGCACCACCAUGGCCUCCAUGGGUGGGUUUGGCAACAACAUUAUCGUCAGCCACCGCAUCCACCGCGGCUCCCAGACAGGGGCGGGCGCCGUAGCUGGGCGGCCCAGCAGCAGUGACCCCGUUCUGGCCGUCUCUACAGCCUCCCCUUCCGCCUGCCCCAUCAACUCCCUGCGUCUCAGCCUGGAGCACCCCCCUGCUCCCUCAGAGCCUCACCCAGGCCCGGUGUGGGGUCUGCCCUCCCUCUCUCAACCACAACCCCCCGGCCUAGCCUCGGAGGGUGAGGGGGCCAGUCUCUCAGUGGCCAUGGACAUCGACGACGUGUUUGAAGGAGCUGGCCGACUGGAUGAUUCUGAGCCAGGCCCCUCUUCCUCCCUGCUCUUCUCCUCCUCUUCCUCUUCUUCCUCUCGCGGCUCUUACCACUCCAGCACCGGCAGAAACGGCAACAAUAACAACAAUGGCAGUAGCAGCAGAGAUAAUUACCCAGGCGACCCUUACAGCAGGUAGAGUGCUGUGUGACUUGGCCCUUAUUGCCCAGGAGAGGGAGAGAAUCCCCCAGAGGAGACAGUGGGUGACUGCUUUGGGCCGAGAGACGGUGUAUCACGAACCCUAAAGCCGGGUGUACACUACACGAUUUUGGCCCCCGAUUUAGCUGUCCCAGACACGUUUUUGAGAUCGGCGACAAAAUCACCAUGUCGUUGCCUACUCGAACCGUCCCAAGACGUCCCAAUAUUUUCAAACAUGUUUGAUUUUAUCGGCACAAAAUCUGCAAUGCUCUUGUAGUGUGAGAUGUGUAAUGACAAGUUUUGAGAACGGUGAUCCACAAUAGCCAAUGUGAGCUCGCCAGAGUAGAAGCCAGUGAGAUGAUGUAUCACAUCAACCAGAAUGUAUACUCUCGAACAGGAGCGACGACUACUACUAGCUAGCUAGUAUGCGUUUGUACUUGCCUUAAAAGCCAAAGUGUCAAAUGGUGACAGCUCUGAAGUUCACAAGCAAAAUCUAUUGGCUAGAUAUUUCAACUCUGUAUGGCAAGCGUGAAUGUCUGAAUGUAAACUUUGAGGCUGCUUUGAAACAGCUCGUUCUAGCUACGUUAACAAUCUAAUCACGUCAUAUUGUUUUCGCGAGACAGCGUGGUUUCGAGAUUUAAUCGUCACGACUAAGUGAAGAAUCUUGUCGUGUGUGACCCCCCCGUCUGUACCACAUCGUUAAGUAUGCGCACCACUACGUUGGCAAGACAAAAAACUACAGGUAAGACGGUCGUUUAACAUGAGAGGCUCAGGGAUGUUUGGAUUUUGAAAGUCGUGUAGUGUACGCCCGGCAUAAAGGAAUAGUAUGGCCCUGUCUUGCUGGUGCGCUUCUCCUCAAAGCCUUAUCUCACAAAGAAUGGGUGCUCAGACUCUGCAGGGUCUCCAGUCCUGAACAGAAGGUACAUAAGCUCCCCCCCCCUCCCCGCUGCACCCAUCAGUGGCAUUGUGACCCCUCCCCUCCCUGCAUUGGUGUGCACUUACAUUGCACUUAAAAUGGACCUUUAGUUGUAUGAUCAUUCCAUGUCAGAAAGGGCUUUUACUUGAAUUGUGCCAGCACCGGGGUACCGAUGCUGUGAUUUUUUUUUUUCUUUUCCCCCCAGUCCUUUCUCUUUGCAUAGGCGUGACCGAUAGACAAGGAUUCUACAUUCAAAGUGCCAUGUAAGGGUAAUUGUAAACAACAAGAAGAAACAGACAGUUUCUCCAGUGUGUGCAGCGUUCUGGUGCCAUGUGAUUUGAUGUGAAAUAGCGUGUGUUUGCUAUAUUUUGAAGCCUCUUUGGUACCAAGUGGUAGGAUGUGUAUUUUGUAAUUUGAUGAUAAUGCAUAGCUGGAAAAUCAUCCUAUUGUUGUAUGAAUCAUGAGAUGAUGCGUGUGGCAUGACUAAAGCCAUGCCUUUCAAAAGAGAAUCUGCAGCUGCCUGUUUUUUUUAUUAUAUACUGAACAAAAAUAUCAACACAACAUGCAACAAUUUCAAAGAUUUUACUGAGUUAAA